UUCAGACAUAAACAGGGGCAGAGUCCCUUGGAAUGCAUCAGCAAAAUGAAGGAUCAAACAAAUCAGGGCCAGUAACUGUACAUAUCUCAUAGUUGGAGCUGCGCAACUGUUGAUAUUAUGCAUUUCACGAAGCCCUAAAUUAUGUGUACGUAUCUCAAGUCAGUCAUUUGAAUAUUUGUUGCAUGUUUAGAUAGCUAAACCAGUUGUUAAGCUAAGGUUAGCCAGCAAGCUUGCAAAGCUUUGAGGGCAUAGAUAGAUAACCACCAGCUAGCUGGGUCCUAGUUAGUUGACGUUAGUUAUUCAGUGUUGGUUGGUUACACCUGCAUUUGGGGACACGAUGGCAGAUGUUGAAUCCUCUCUUGAAAUUACCACAUCGCUGGGGUCUCUCCCUCCUCCCCGAACGCGGAUCUUCAAGAUCAUCGUAAUCGGAGACUCGGGGGUUGGAAAGACUUGCCUCACCUACCGCUUCUGUGCGGGUAAGUUCCCGGAGAAAACCGAAGCAACCAUUGGAGUGGAUUUUCGGGAGAAACUUAUUGAGAUCGACGGCGAAAAAAUCAAGGUGCAGCUGUGGGACACUGCUGGUCAGGAGCGCUUCAGAAAGAGCAUGGUCCAGCACUACUACAGGAAUGUCCACGCUGUCGUCUUCGUCUACGACAUCACCAACGCUGCCAGCUUCCGGAGUCUUCCGGCGUGGAUUGAGGAGUGCAAGCAGCACUCGCUGGGCCAGGAGGUGCCGCGCAUCCUGGUGGGCAACAAGUGUGACCUUCGCCACGCCACCCAGGUGGGCACCGAGGCGGCGCAGCAGUUUGCCGACUCACACUCCAUGCCGCUGUUCGAAACGUCCGCCAAGAACCCGAACCACGGCGGCAGCGGCAAUAGCUACAGCAGCAACAGUGACCACGUGGAGGCCAUCUUCAUGACUGUGGCGCACAAGCUCAAGUCUCAGAAGCCCCUGGUGCUGAGCCAGCCGCCCGGAGCAGCCAACACAGUGGCGCUCCAGGAUCGGAGAGAGGAGGAGGAGAAAGGGGGGUGGAACUGCAACAGCUGCUGAGGAACAGAGAAGAGAAAAAGAAAAAAUGGUCAACGAAGAGAGAGAAGAACAAAGAAGGAGAGGAGAGGAGAGGAGGGGAGGGGUUAUUUGGCAGAUGGUGGGGAGGGAUUGAAUGGGUUUACAAGAGAAGUGGGUUUGCUUCUUCUCAUAGUGGUCAGUACAGGAAGAUGCUGUGGAUAUUUGCCUGUUUAAAGCAUAUCACACUUGUAGGAGAUUGCCCCCACCAGGUAACAUACGUUAAUCGAGUAUGAAAGCCAUCAGUUGGCUUUGGUUUACACACACACACACACACACACACACACACACACAUUCACAUUCACUCACAAACACCAUAUUGAACUUCCUGUCAUGAAAGAAAGACAUCUGUAAAGGGAAAAGACUAUUUUGCAUUGACACGCCUCAUCAGUGAUCAGGAAAUGGCCUCUAAAUCAGGUCAGGAGCCGCCAUCUCAGUCUCUUGGUCUUCAUUUACGUGAACUGUAGGAUGUCUCCCCCUCUCUGAGGGAUGUUAUCUGUGUGCCUGUGUAGUCGUUCACAUGUUCCUGAGGCCAACUGUGCAUUUGGACAUUGUCCCAUCUAGUGGUUGCCUCCAACACUUCACAGCAAAAAGCUAAAUUUAGUCUUUUGUGACAGCAGAUGUACUGGCAGUUGUUGACAGUUGCAACAACAACAAAAACAUGUGUAUGUGUAUGUACUGUAGAUCUCAGUACUACGGAGGUAGUAGUCAUAUCUCACACCAGUAACGUGUCUCAGACUUGGUCAUGUGUCUUUUAAAACUGUAUAGCUAUAGCGAGCUGUGUAAAGGGACAAAACAAUUACAUGCUUAAUGCUCUUAGCAACGUGAAAAGGAAAAAUAUAACCAACCAGAAAACAUACCUCUUGUGCUACACAGCUUUCAUGCACGUUGGACUGUCAGGAUUAUCAGGGCUAUUACUCGCCUGUAGUCUAUCCCUCCCACAUUUACUCCCUCACUCUGUGUGUGUGCGUGUGCACAAUAACUGUUUGCCUUCCCCUAAUGAUCGAAUACACCAUAGCUUGCAUGUUGGAUAUUAAGAAACAGGCGCUCUUGCUAACCCUUCAGCAACUUCAGUGUACUGCGUCACAGCAGGUUCUGUGGCAAGUUAGUCAGUGACGUGUAAAUACUAUCCUUUUGUUUGUUUAAUUCCAAGCAAACUUCUACAACUGUGCAAAAGCAGGCUGGUGUAUUUGUGUGUGCUGUGAUACUAUAGACCACAUUUUGGGAUUUCAAACCGAGGAAAAUGUAAAUCUACUGCCACCAUGCAAAUAAAAUGGCAGCAAGCCUAUACCAUAACUUAAGUUCAAAAUGUAAACAUUUAAGUACACCUGACAUUUAUUUGUACACUUCUUUUUGGGUUGGAUGCUUAGAACAACAAUACUGUAAAGUAUUUGCAGAGCUUUAUCAUAGAUAUCCUCAUUGUAUUUCAAUUGAAAGUGUCCUUUUUUAUUUCCUAUUUCCGAUAUGCCUUUUAUUUUAGGUUGCCUUAUGAGUUUGGUCACCAGUUUUACCUCAGUUUUGUAAACCUAAGUUAAAUUACUUUUAAUUGACCACACCAGGAUGUUUCUUGGCAGGUUAUGUGGAUCUCUCUCUGCAGUCGGCACAGUUAUGUAUGUGAAGAUUCAAUCCUAAACUCCUACUGAGGCUGACACUGAACAACAUGUCACUCCAACAUGACAGUGAGACAGAAACCAAAGCUCAAUGUAACAGCAAUUGGAAAAGAUGGCAUCUCACAGCUAGGGGAGAGUGGGGACUGACAUGUUCAUAGGUCUGAGCUCAAAAUAGAAAGGGAAUGACUUUACUGCAAUGGUUUACUAUGUGUGUGAUGACAUUUCUGUAACCUUGCAAUAAAUUAACUAAAGCAUUUCAGUAA